AUGAACCGGCCUCGGAAUGUCAGGCACUUCGACCCACCCCAUGGCCACUCGAAGUGGGUCCCCAUUCUAGGGGAGCUGCAGAAGACCCUCCAGAAGGGCGAGUACUUGCCCCUCCGUCCACUGCCCAUGUUCGAGAGUAACUUUGUCCAGGUGACAAAUCGAGGUGGCCCGGUGUAUGUACAUCACGGAACCAACCGGCUGACCAUGGGCGUGGCCGCCUCCCUGCCAGGCCUGAUGCUGCCUGACAUCUUGCUGAUCGCCCGGCACCCCGAGGGCAGGGAAUGUGCAGGCCUCGUCCUGACCAGAUUGAUCCCCCUGGACCUCGUCCACCUCUAUGUCCAUGACUUUUUCACCUGGCGCCUGAAGCUGCGCCUGGUCACCGGCCGCUACUACUACCUGGAGCUAGAGGCCCCAGACAGUGAGGUGGCCUUUCUGUUCGACCGCUGGAUCCGCCUCAUCAACCUGCUUCGGGAGCCUGCAACCACCUGGACCCCCAGGACCAUGCACACACCUCCCCUGGAUGUUUCCCUGGCUGAACCUCCUGCCUCCACCUGGCAUCUCCAGGAUCCACCCCUUUGCAAACGUACAGUCACAGUUGCCCAGCCCUCCCUUCCUAAUAAGACACUGACAGCUCAGAGACAAAAGAAGGUCAAGGCCCUCAAGCGAAGAUUCAAGUCUCAGGCCGUGGGUGACUCCGUGCCCCUCAUCUGGUCACAGCUGGAACAUGCUGACGUUAAAAAGAAAUCCACAGAAAAGAAGCCUCACUCAGACGUCUGUGCUGAUAGGUCUCACACCCAAAUCCACACUUCCGAGAAAACCAGCAUCACCAUCAGGACCAUCUUUAGCAUCAUUUCCAGCACCAUCAACCAGGCACAGUCCCCUUCAAAGGCCUACGCAUCUGACUCUGAUGAGGCUACAGGGCAGCGGCGUUUGCUUGAGACGCCAUCACACUGCCUCUCAGAUGAGGGUCCUGAUUUCUUCUUUCCGGGCUCCCAUGGUCACUGGCACCCACACUUGUGGCAGGCCAAUAUUGAAGACCUUAUGGACUUUGAGUCCAGCACUUUGUCCUCCGCCUCCUUCAGCCCAGCUUCCUUCCCUCCUGCUGCAUACCUGUCCACACCCUAUUCCUUCCCCAGGGCCAGUGAAAAGCCUAGGUUCGUGGGCUCCCGGCAGGGGCGGGGGCCACCAGCAUCCGAGAAAGCCCCGUGUGUCUCUGCCCCAUCUUAUAAGACCCCAUUCGUGGUUGACCGGUCCCAGAAGACCCCAGCUGACCCUACUCUCUCCCAGAAGGCCCCAGCACUCCAUCCUCCACCCUGGAAGGCCUUGGCUGUAGCUGGGCCAUCCCAGAAGGUCUCCACCACACCUGGUCCCCCUCAGAAGGCCCCACAUGUAUUGGCUAUUCCUCCAAAGACCCCAGCCAUACCUCGUUCAUACUGGAAAGACACACCUGUAUUGGCUGUCCCCCAGAAAGCCCCACCUGCACCUGCUCUUCCCCAGAAAGCUAUGUCCUACCCUGUCCCAAACGGGGGAUCUGGUUCAUCCCAGAAGGCUCUGACCUCACCUGUCCAACAGCACACAGCACUUGGCUCACCCACCUUGAGUGGGAAGGUCCCUGCGGAUUUUGAUAUUGCACCAGCAGGAAUUCCUGGAAGGGAUAUGCUCCAGAGAAGCAAGCCUGAAGGGAAGCCUGAGCCAGUGGUGAUGGCGGGCACACAGGAGAUGAAUGUGGUGGAGAUGAAGACCCAGACAAAGGCCCUGGAGUUGCCCUUCAGCACAACCAAGAAGAAGUCUGAGGAAGUUGUGAUCAGCAAAACCCAGGAGAUGACCAUGGAGGGCUUGAGGGGCUGGGUGAAGUCAGAGGACAGGGUCCACCAGGCACAGGAGGAGUUGUCCGUGGAACUGCCUGGCCUGAGGUCCAAGGAGAUGGAACAGCAGAAGAGGUGGGUCAAAAUGAAAGAGUUGGCCAUUGAGGGCCCUCCUGAGGAGCACAGAAGACCCUUCUCGGUGGAGGGGCUCGCUCUUGCCAAAAUGAUGAUCAUAGCCAAUUCCAAACAGCAGCACUUGAGACCCACUUUGGUCUCACUUCCCUCCUGGCUUUCAGUGACUUCCCAUGCCUCUACUACGCCAACAGUGGGCUCAAUGCUCACCAGCACCAAACAGCAGUCCUCCCUGCAGGGGCCACCAGUGAUGAAUAGGGAGUGGUCAGAGUCACACACUUGGGUGAAAGACAACAAGGAACCAUGGUCAGAGAUGCAGGAGGUGCCCCAGGACAGAGCAAAGCCCCCCAAGGUAACCUUCCACUCCAAGCCCACCUCCAGCAGCCCAAAGAUGGAAAAUGUCUCCAAGAUGCCCAUCCCUUUGCCGGCCUCGAGGUGGGAGGACUUACCUCCAUCACCCCUCCUGGACACCCCCACCUCAAGAAUGGAGGAGACCACAGCCAGGGUGCUCCAGCAGCCCAUGAGGACAAAUCAAGAGCCUGUGAAUGUGCCGAAUCAGGGUUCCCUGACCACAGUGGGGUCAGUCUCACAAAUUAUCUCACCUGUGAUAGUAGAAAUUGGGAAUAUGAGGGACAUGGCCAUCAAGGUGGGGUAG